AUGAACCCCAUGAUUAAAAAAGAUGUGAAAAUCAAGGUGGGGACCAACACAGUUUAUGCUGAGGUGUUAGAAAAAGCUCUUGAAGCUGAGUUGCUCGAAAAUGAUAUAAAGAAGGAGAAUGCUGCUAAGUGGGAAGCCCUAAGAAACAAUGGAGGAAAUCAAGAGAAUAAGAGAAAACACGAGGGAAAUCACAGUAAUGAUCGUGAUAAAAAGGGGAAAACAGUGGUUCAAAAUAACAACAAUAGGGUAAAAAGGUCCUAUGUAGAAUUUCCAAUUUGCCCCACAUGCAGUAGGAAACAUCUUGGGGAGUGUAAGAUGAAGUCAGGGGUGUGCUACAAUUGCAUGCAGCCAAGCCAUUUGAAGAAAAAUUGCCCAAAGGGACAAAAGAAGGAGAACCAAGCCGCUCCUGCUCGAGUGUUUGCUCUCACCAGAGGAGAAGCGGCCACAAGCAACACUGUUGUCUCAGGUCAGGUUUCUAUUUACGGAUUGCCUUGUAAUGUUCUCUUUGAUUCUGGAGCUAUUCAUUCUUAUAUAGCUACUAGGAUAAUUGAUAGUAUAGAUAAGUCAUGUGACCUACUUAGAUGUGGUAUUGUGACGGAAUUACCUUCGGGAGAAACUGUGCUAUCAACAAGAAAAAUGCGAGAUGUACCUAUCAUAAUCGAAAGUAAAGAACUCAUGGGCGACCUAAUAGAGCUAUAUUGA